CGCCGUGAGCUCCGGCGCUCGCAGGCCGGGUGCGGGAAGCCCGCGGGCAGCGCCGCCGCGCGCGCGAUGAUGGCGGCGGCCGCGGCCCGUGCAGGCAGCGGCGGCAGCAGCGGCGGCGGCGGCUCCGGCUCCGGCUCCGGCUCCAGCGCCUCGCGGGGCUUCUAUUUCAACACGGUUUUGUCAUUGGCCCGCUCCCUGGCCGUGCAGAGACCGGCAUCUUUGGAGAAGGUCCAAAAGCUGCUUUGUAUGUGCCCAGUAGACUUCCAUGGGAUCUUCCAAUUGGAUGAAAGACGAAGAGAUGCGGUGAUCGCAUUGGGCAUUUUUCUCAUUGAAUCUGAUCUUCAGCACAAAGAUUCUGUGGUUCCUUACCUUCUUCGACUGCUUAAAGGUCUUCCGAAAGUGUAUUGGGUAGAAGAAAGCACAGCUCGGAAAGGCAGAGCCACCCUCCCGGUUGCAGAGAGCUUCAGCUUCUGCUUGGUCACUUUGCUGUCUGAUGUGGCUUAUAGGGACCCCUCACUUAGGGAUGAGAUUUUAGAGGCGCUUUUGCAGGUUUUGCAUGUCCUUUUGGGAAUGUGCCAGGCCUUGGAGAUUCAAGAAAAAGAAUACCUUUGCAAAUACGCGAUCCCAUGCCUGAUAGGAAUCUCACGAGCGUUUGGGCGUUACAGCAACACAGAAGAGUCUCUCCUUUCAAAACUGUUCCCCAAAGUCCCUCCUCAUUCCCUCCGAGUCCCUGAGGAGCUUGAAGGUGUGCGGAGGCGAUCCUUCAAUGACUUCCGCUCCAUCCUCCCCAGUAAUCUGCUGACGGUGUGUCAGGAAGGCACCCUGAAGAGGAAGACCAGCAGCGUGUCCAGCAUCUCUCAGGUCAGCCCUGAACGUGGGAUGCCCCCUCCCAGCUCCCCUGGAGGAUCUGCCUUUCACUGCUUUGAAGUCUCUUACUUACCUGAUGGGAGUGCCCUGGAACCUGAUUUCUACUUCUCCACCAUCAGUUCCAGCUUCUCAGUUUCUCCUCUUUUUAAUGGCAUCACCUAUAAGGAGUUCAAUAUUCCACUAGAAAUGCUUCGAGAACUCUUAAACUUGGUGAAGAAGAUUGUCGAGGAGCCUGUCCUCAAAUCCUUGGAUGCAGUCGUAGCCAGCGUGAUAGAGGCCAACCCUAGCGCUGAUCUCUACUACACCACAUUCAGCGACCCUCUCUACGUGGCCAUGUUCAAGAUGCUGCGUGACACUCUGUACUACAUGAAAGACCUCCCAACCUCCUUUGUGAAGGAGAUCCAUGAUUUUGUGCUGGAGCAGUUCAACACGAGCCAGGGGGAGCUUCAGAAGAUUCUGCAUGAUGCAGACCGGAUCCACAAUGAGCUGAGCCCCCUCAAGCUGCGCUGCCAGGCAAACGCUGCCUGCGUGGACCUCAUGGUGUGGGCCGUGAAGGACGAGCAGGGUGCUGAAAAUCUUUGCAUCAAGCUCUCUGAGAAGCUGCAGUCUAAGACGUCCAGCAAAGUCAUCAUUGCUCAUUUGCCCUUGCUUAUCUGCUGUCUGCAGGGUCUGGGCCGCCUGUGUGAGAGGUUCCCGGUGGUGGUGCAUUCAGUGACGCCAUCUCUGCGGGACUUCCUGGUUGUCCCGUCCCCUGUGCUGGUGAAGCUCUAUAAGUGCCACAGUCAAUACCACACAGUUGCUGGCAAUGAUAUAAAAAUCAGUGUAACCAACGAGCAUUCUGAGUCAACCCUGAAUGUCAUGUCGGGAAAGAAGACCCAACCCUCCAUGUAUGAGCAGCUCCGGGACAUUGCCAUUGACAACAUCUGCAGGUGCCUGAAAGCUGGCUUGACGGUGGACACAGUGAUCGUGGAGGCCUUCCUGGCCAGCCUCUCCAACCGGCUCUACAUCUCCCAGGAGAGCGACAAGGACGCUCACUUGAUUCCUGACCACACCAUCCGAGCCUUGGGACACAUUGCGGUGGCCCUGAGGGACACCCCAAAGGUCAUGGAGCCAAUUCUGCAGAUCCUGCAACAGAAAUUCUGCCAGCCCCCCUCCCCCCUUGACGUGCUCAUUAUCGACCAGCUGGGCUGCCUGGUUAUCACCGGAAAUCAAUACAUUUAUCAGGAAGUGUGGAAUCUCUUCCAGCAGAUCAGCGUGAAGGCCAGCUCUGUCGUGUACUCAGCCACUAAAGAUUACAAGGAUCAUGGCUACAGGCACUGCUCCCUGGCGGUGAUCAAUGCCCUGGCCAACAUCGCAGCCAACAUCCAGGAUGAGCACCUCGUGGACGAGCUGCUCAUGAACCUGCUGGAGCUGUUUGUGCAGCUGGGGCUGGAGGGAAAGCGGGCCAGCGAGCGGGCCAGCGAGAAGGGGCCCGCCCUGAAGGCUUCUAGCAGCGCAGGGAACUUGGGUGUACUCAUUCCUGUAAUUGCUGUGCUCACCCGGAGGUUGCCUCCCAUCAAAGAAGCCAAGCCUCGGUUGCAGAAGCUCUUCCGGGACUUCUGGCUCUAUUCCGUGCUGAUGGGAUUUGCAGUGGAGGGCUCAGGACUCUGGCCAGAAGAAUGGUACGAGGGAGUCUGUGAAAUAGCCACCAAGUCGCCCCUGCUCACGUUUCCCAGCAAAGAACCACUGCGCUCCGUCCUCCAGUAUAACUCGGCCAUGAAAAACGACACAGUCACCCCCGCUGAACUGAGUGAGCUCCGCAGCACCAUCAUCAACCUGCUGGACCCUGCUCCCGAAGUGUCCGCCCUCAUCAACAAGCUGGACUUUGCCAUGUCCACCUAUCUCCUGUCUGUUUACCGGCUGGAAUAUAUGAGGGUACUGCGCUCAACAGAUCCUGACCGCUUCCAGGUAAUGUUCUGCUACUUUGAAGAUAAAGCUAUUCAGAAGGACAAGUCUGGGAUGAUGCAGUGUGUGAUUGCUGUCGCAGACAAAGUAUUUGAUGCCUUCCUGAACAUGAUGGCAGAUAAAGCUAAGACCAAGGAGAAUGAAGAGGAGCUCGAGCGGCACGCACAGUUUCUGUUGGUGAACUUCAACCACAUUCACAAGAGGAUACGGAGGGUGGCAGACAAGUAUCUGUCUGGUCUGGUGGAUAAGUUUCCCCACUUGCUCUGGAGCGGGACAGUGCUGAAGACCAUGCUGGACAUCCUCCAGACCCUGUCACUCUCGCUGAGUGCUGACAUUCACAAGGAUCAGCCUUACUACGACAUCCCUGAUGCCCCCUAUCGGAUCACUGUUCCUGAUACCUGUGAAGCCCGGGAGAGCAUCGUGAAGGACUUUGCCGCGCGCUGUGGAAUGAUCCUACAGGAGGCGAUGAAGUGGGCACCUACAGUCACCAAGUCCCACUUACAGGAAUAUCUGAACAAACAUCAGAACUGGGUAUCAGGACUGUCCCAGCACACAGGGUUGGCCAUGGCCACCGAAAGCAUCCUUCACUUUGCCGGCUACAACAAGCAGAACACCACUCUUGGGGCAACUCAGCUAACGGAGCGCCCGGCCUGUGUGAAGAAAGAUUACUCCAACUUCAUGGCGUCUCUCAAUCUACGCAACCGCUACGCAGGCGAGGUGUAUGGAAUGAUUCGGUUCUCAGAUGCCACAGGCCAGAUAUCUGACCUGAACAAAAUGAUGGUCCAGGAGCUGAAUACAGCGUUAGACCUCAGUAAUCCUCAGCACUACACACAGGCCAUGUUCAAGCUGACAGCAAUGCUCAUCAGCAGCAAAGAUUGUGACCCACAGCUCCUUCAUCAUCUGUGUUGGGGUCCUCUCCGGAUGUUCAACGAGCAUGGCAUGGAGACCGCCCUGGCCUGCUGGGAGUGGCUGCUGGCUGGCAAGAACGGAGUGGAAGUACCGUUUAUGCGGGAGAUGGCAGGGGCCUGGCAGAUGACAGUAGAGCAGAAGUUCGGCCUGUUUUCCGCGGAGAUAAAGGAAGCGGACCCCCUAGCAGCAUCGGAAGCCAGUCAACCCAAACCUUGUGCCCCCGAAGUGACCCCCCACUACAUUUGGAUUGACUUCCUGGUGCAGCGGUUCGAGAUCGCCAAGUACUGCAGCUCUGACCAAGUGGAGAUCUUCUCCAGCCUGCUGCAGCGCUCCAUGUCCUUGAACAUCGGUGGGGCCAAGGGGAGCAUGAACCGGCACGUGGCAGCCAUCGGGCCUCGCUUCAAACUGCUGACUCUGGGGCUGGCCCUCCUGCACGCCGACGUGGUCCCAAAUGCAACCAUUCGCAACGUGCUUCGAGAGAAGAUCUACUCCACCGCCUUUGACUACUUCAGUUGCCCCCCAAAGUUCCCUACUCAAGGAGAAAAGAGGCUGCGUGAAGACAUAAGCAUAAUGAUUAAAUUUUGGACAGCCAUGUUCUCAGACAAGAAGUACCUGACUGCCAGCCAGCUUGUUCCCCCAGAUAACCAAGACACCCGGAGCAAUCUGGACAUAGCAGUCGGCUCUCGGCAGCAGGCCACUCAAGGCUGGAUCAACACCUACCCCCUGUCCAGUGGCAUGUCGACCAUCUCCAAGAAGUCAGGCAUGUCCAAGAAAACCAACCGGGGCUCCCAGCUGCACAAGUACUACAUGAAGCGGAGGACGCUGCUGCUGUCCCUGCUGGCCACCGAGAUUGAGCGUCUCAUCACAUGGUACAAUCCACUGUCGGCCCCGGAGUUGGAGCUGGACCAGGCCGGAGAGAACAGUGUGGCCAACUGGAGGUCCAAGUACAUCAGCCUGAGUGAGAAGCAGUGGAAGGACAACGUUAACCUCGCCUGGAGCAUCUCUCCUUACCUGGCCGUGCAACUGCCAGCCAGGUUUAAGAACACAGAAGCCAUCGGCAAUGAAGUGACCCGUCUCGUGCGCUUGGACCCAGGAGCUGUUAGUGACGUCCCCGAAGCUAUCAAGUUCCUGGUCACCUGGCACACCAUUGACGCUGACGCGCCCGAGCUCAGCCACGUGCUGUGCUGGGCACCUGCCGACCCGCCCACGGGCCUCUCCUACUUCUCCAGCAUGUACCCGCCGCACCCUCUCACCGCGCAGUACGGGGUGAAAGUCCUGCGGUCCUUCCCGCCGGACGCCAUCCUGUUCUACAUCCCCCAGAUUGUGCAGGCCCUCAGGUAUGACAAGAUGGGCUACGUGCGAGAGUAUAUUCUGUGGGCAGCAUCCAAAUCCCAGCUUCUGGCACACCAGUUUAUCUGGAACAUGAAAACUAACAUCUAUCUGGAUGAAGAAGGGCACCAGAAAGACCCUGACAUCGGUGACCUCUUGGAGCAGUUAGUGGAGGAGAUCACUGGCUCCUUGUCGGGCCCAGCCAAGGACUUCUACCAGCGGGAAUUUGAUUUCUUUAACAAGAUCACCAACGUGUCAGCCAUCAUCAAGCCCUACCCUAAAGGCGACGAGAGGAAGAAGGCAUGCCUGUCAGCUCUGUCUGAAGUGAAAGUGCAGCCGGGCUGCUACCUGCCCAGCAACCCUGAGGCCAUCGUACUGGACAUCGACUACAAGUCCGGGACGCCCAUGCAGAGUGCUGCUAAAGCCCCGUAUCUGGCUAAAUUUAAGGUGAAACGAUGUGGAGUUAGUGAACUUGAAAAAGAAGGUCUGCGGUGCUGCUCGGACUCCGAGGAUGAGUGUGGCACACAGGAGGCUGACAGCCAAAAGAUCUCGUGGCAGGCAGCCAUCUUCAAAGUGGGAGACGACUGCCGGCAGGACAUGCUGGCUCUGCAGAUUAUUGACCUUUUCAAGAACAUCUUCCAGCUGGUUGGCCUGGACCUCUUUGUCUUCCCCUACCGUGUGGUGGCCACCGCCCCCGGGUGUGGAGUGAUUGAGUGCAUCCCCGACUGUACCUCUCGGGACCAGCUGGGCCGCCAGACAGACUUCGGCAUGUACGACUACUUCACGCGCCAGUACGGGGACGAGUCAACGCUGGCCUUCCAGCAGGCGCGCUACAACUUUAUCCGGAGCAUGGCUGCCUACAGCCUCCUGCUGUUCCUGCUGCAGAUCAAGGACAGGCACAACGGGAACAUCAUGUUGGACAAGAAGGGCCACAUCAUCCACAUCGACUUUGGCUUCAUGUUCGAAAGCUCACCGGGCGGCAACCUUGGCUGGGAACCAGACAUCAAGCUGACCGAUGAGAUGGUGAUGAUCAUGGGGGGCAAGAUGGAGGCCACGCCCUUCAAGUGGUUCAUGGAGAUGUGUGUCCGUGGCUACCUGGCUGUGCGGCCCUACAUGGAUGCAGUCGUCUCUCUGGUCACUCUCAUGUUGGACACGGGCCUGCCCUGCUUCCGUGGCCAGACAAUCAAGCUUUUGAAGCACAGGUUCAGCCCCAACAUGACUGAGAGAGAGGCUGCGAAUUUCAUCAUGAAGGUCAUUCAGAGCUGCUUCCUCAGCAACAGGAGCCGGACCUAUGACAUGAUCCAGUACUAUCAGAAUGACAUCCCCUACUGAGGGUGCGGCCGGACCAGCGGUUACGGCCACCACCCCCCGCAAGCCGUCCCGCAAUCGUGGAGCCGAGCAAGCACAUCCCCACCCCGGCUGCCGCAUGUGUUCAAAGGGGGUGAGCUGCCGGUAGCCCCAUCAUUCCAUCCAUUAGAGUUAUUUUUAUAGGAUAAAUAGGACAAAAGUACACCAUGCCGAGCCUGGCAAUCCACUCCUUCCUGGCGUGACCCACAAGUGACAUGUGAGGCUGAAAUGACAAUCAUCUGAGGACACUCUCUGCAUGGGUGUGAAUACUUCAUUUGCACUGGACACAUUCCCAACACAUUCCCUACCUGUCUUAUUGCAUAGGUACAUGAAGUAUUUUGUGUAUAAAAAAUUAUAUUCAAUUUAAGAUUUAACCAAUGUGAACAAAAUAAAACAACAAAAGUGUGGAGUCCAGGUGUACGUUCAGCCAAGGGGUGAUUCCUGGAUGUGCUGGGAAGGGAGCACGGCAGUAUAGGGACGAGGGGGGGCUCAGUGCAGCCGGCCAGGAAGCCUCUGGGGGGGCCAGGGGCACCGCAAAUAACACUGCUCUGUUCCAGCUCUCGUAGGGGCCCCCUGACUUUCCCAUCCGCGUCUCUCUGUCUCUUGUCAGCACAGUGGGGCUCCCUGUCCUGCCUCUGCUCUGGGACUCUGAAACCUUCCUGCAGCCAUCUGCCCCUACCCCCUAGGGCCUCUAGGACUUUCAGCAGACAGGAGGUAAAGACCCCAAACUAAAAAGGAAGAUGACACAGAGCAACUAGAAAUAAGUCACUAAAGUUAAAAAUGCAAAAGAGCAGUUACCGAUCAACAAGAGAACAAAAUUACCAAAAAUGAAGAGAAAAGGGAAGUUGAAGGAGAAACUCCAGUUAGCUUCUAGUGAGAUUCCGGAGGUGAUGAGAAACACAAACACUCAGCUUCAGGAAGCACAGUUGAGUCCUGAGCAGUAUAAAUAAGAAUAUAAAAAAGAAGCCAAGGGGCACUGGGGUGGCUCAGUCGGUUGAGCGUCCAAUUCUUGGUUUUGGCUCAGGUCGUGAUCUCAGGGUCCUGGGAUCAAGCCCCACAUUCGGCUCUGCACUCAGUGGGGAGUUGGCUUGAGGAGUCUCUCUCUCCUCCCGCUGCCCCUCCCCCUGCUCAUGCUCUCUCUAAAAUAAAUAAAUCUUAAAAAAAAAAAAGCCAAUAUGUAAGUUAAAAAAAUCCAAAAGAAGGCAGGAAAGGAAGAGGAAGAAAUAACAGAUGGGACAGAGUAAUCCUGUGACAGCCUACUUCAAUCUAGUUGCAUCUUUAAUUACGUUACAUAUCAACGGACUAACCACUGCAGUUAAAUGCAGGAUGGCAACGUGGAUGAAGGACAAAGAACCAAGGAGAUGCUGAGGAAGAGGCACUUUGAAUCUAAAGCCAUAACCCUAAGGUGAAAAACAGAGAGAAAAAAGGAUUUACUGCCUGCAAUUGUGUUGAGUUUAUGAAGCAAAAUUUGACAGAAUUCAAACAAUUCCACAGUUAGAGUUGGAAAUUUUAACAGCCCUCUCUCCACAGUUGAUAGAACAACUGGAAAGAAAGUGAAAGCAGGAGACCUGAACAUCCAGCCACCUGCCUGACCUGACAGCCAUGUAUAAACCCACUCUGGCCACUGCAGCAGCGCUCCGCCGUCCCCCCCCCUCCCCGCCCCCAGUCAUCCCCUCCUCCACCAUCAUCCCCCCCACCCAAUCCUCUCUGCCGCCAUAGGCUGGCUGGCUGCUGGGCCUCAAGGCAAGUCUCAGCGUCACGCAGCAUGUGUUUGUUCUCUGAUUCCACGGAAUUGAAUUAGCAAUCAGUAACGAUAAAGCUAUCUGGAAGAACCCUAAAUAUUUAGAAAUUAAAAGAAUAGAACUAAAAUGCAAAGUACAUGGAAGAUCUGAGGCAAUGACCAGAGUCCACAUGCUUUAAGGCAGUGGCUGGGGCAGAUGGUAGAGAUAGCCAAGUUCAAGGAGAAAAGAUACCAGAGGGGCGCCUGGCUGGCUCAGCCGGUAGAGCAUGCGGCUCUUGAUCUUGGGAGUUGUGAGUUCCAGCCCCACUUUGGGCCUAGAGCUUCCUUAAGAAAAAAAAAAAAAAGAUACCAGAAAAUAGGGUAUAACUUGGAGAAAGAUCAAAAAGAAUAUAAGGGUGGGGCGCCUGGGUGGCUCAGUUGGUUAAGCAACUGCCUUCGGUUCAGGUCAUGAUCCUGAAGUCCCGGGAUCGAGUCCCACGUCGGACUCCCUGCUCGGCGGGGAGUCUGCUUCUCCCUCUGAUCCUCCCCCUCUCAUGCUCUCUGUCUCCCAUUCUCUCUCUCAGAUUUAAAAAAAAAAAAAAAAUCUUAAAAAAAAAAAAAUAUAAGAGUUGGGAGAGCAUAGAGAAGGCAGGAUAAACACAUUAUAAAAUGGUAGAAAUAUAUUCAAACAUAACAGAAAUGUUUUCAAGCCACAAUCCUUGAAAAGACUUACCAAAUCGGUGUUAAAAAAGGAAGUCAGUCAAAUGCUACAUACAAGAUUCCGGCAAUAUGGCAAAUAGUAUGUCUUGAAAAAUUAGAAAUGCUGUUUAUAAUACUGGCAAGAAAAUCUAAAUCCAUGAGCUAAUAAGAAAAUAAGGGCUCUGGGCGCCUGGGUGCCUCAGUUGGUUAAGCGACUGCCUUCGGCUCAGGUCAUGAUCCUGGAGUCCCGGAAUCGAGUCCCGCAUUGGGCUCCCUGCUCGGCAGGGAGUCUGCUUCUCCCUCUGACCCUCCUCCCUCUCAUGCUCUCUGUCUCUCAUUCUCUCUGUCUCAAAUAAAUAAAUAAAAUCUUAAAAAAAAAAGAAAAGAAAAGAGGGCUCUUUAGAGACUAAAGACAAAAUGAAAUUUCAAAAAAGAGUAACGUUCCUGUUUUGAUGACACUGGUGACAAAAGACCAACCCAAGAGCCCGCCUCUGAGGAGUUCAUUAGAGAAGCUCGGUCUACACUCAGGAUCCGGUGUACUAGAAAUAAAGCCAUCCCCAAAGAACAAAGUGCGCACGUGCCUGCUGUCACAGCCUCUGCUCGGCAUUGUGCUGGAGGCCCUCGCGGCCCCGUCAGGGAGUAAAAGGAAACAGUUUUAGAAUCUGGAAAGGAAAAAACAAAACUCAGAAAUGGCAUUUGUGUACAUGAAAAUCCAAAUAAUCCAUAAAUAUGGUCUCUAGUCAAGGCAAUAGGAUACAGGUUCAUAUACGAAAGUCAAGUCGUGUGUAUGUGUACAACAUGUACCUCACGAUGACAAACUAAAACAGAAUCAUUUACAGUUGGAUCCUAAAACACCAAAUAUCAAGAAAUCUGAUGAGAGAUUCCUAAGAAAUAUUGAAAACUACAAAUGCUGAGAGAAGAUCUAAACAAACAGUAACAUAUUCAUGGAUUGGAAGACUCAACAUCAUACAGAUGUUUGUUCUCCCCAAACUGAUCUGUAGUUUCACUAUAAAUGCCAGUCGAAAUCCUGGAAAGUUCUGUGGUGGAAAUUGGCAUGUCUAAAAUUUAUAGAGAAGGGGCGGGCGCCUGCCUGGAUGGCUCAGUCGUUAAGCAUCUGCCUUGGGCUCAGGGCAUGAUCUCAGGGUCCUGGGAUCAAGCCCCACAUCAGGCUCCCAGGGAGCCUGCUUCUCCCUCUCCUCCCCGCUCCUGCUUUCUCUAUCUCAUCUUUCUCUCUCAAAUAAAAUCUUUAAAAAAAAAUUAAUGGGAGAAUACAAAGGUCAAAAUAUAGCUAUUUUGAUUUUAAAGACCAACAAGCCUAUAUAUCAAGACAUCCUUAAGCUACACAAGUUAAGACAAUGUGCCUUACAAUGGAAGAGAAGUCCAGGAACAGACCCAUACAUAGAGACACUGCAGGGCAGCAGGGGAAGGAUGGUCUUUUCAAUAAUGGUGUUGCGUCAGCUGGAUACCACUAUAGAAAAACAAAUACAGGGGCACCUGGGUGGCUCAGCCAUUGAGCGUCUGUCUUUGGCUCAGGUCAUGGUCCCAGGGUCCUGGGAUUGAGUCCCGCAUUGGGCUCCCUGCUCUGCGGGGAGCCUGCUUCUCCCUCUCCCACUCUCCCUGCUUGUGUUACCUCUCUCGCUGUCUCUCCUGUCAAAUAAAUAAAAUCUUAAAAAAAACACACACACAAAUAUAAUCACUGCCCAGCUCACAUCAGACAUAAAAAUUCCAGGUGGACUGUAGAGCUGUAUGUUCAAGGUAAA